AUGAAUUUUACUUCCGGUUGAAACCGAAAGCGGAAAGAUGUCUAAAUUGUCCCCGCGAUCUUCCAGGAAAACAAACCAAAGUGAUGCCACAGACGGAUUAAAGCAGACUACAAUGGGGAACUUCCUAAUGGGCUCAAAAAAGGAAAAGAAACCGAGCAUGAAGAAAAAGAAAAGUGUCCUGGACGAUGACAAAACAUAUUUUUCAGGCUACCGACACAAUGAUUUAGAACAAUACAGACGUGGAUACCCAGGCAAAAAGGAUUACAAGGACCUAAAAGACAAUUUGAAGUUUUACAAGAAUGAAUUAAAAUCAUAUCCUGAUGGUGACUACAUAGAAAAUUUUUAUAAGGACUGGUGGGGAGACUACGAGAGACUGGAGCGGCAUCAUGGCUAUAUUCAGUGGUUGUUUCCGAUCAGAGAGUCAGGGAUGAACUUCCAUGCUCAGGAGCUCCAAUGUCAUGAAAUCAAUGGAAUAAUGGACGACCCUAAAGCUUUUGAGCGAGUGUUGAAGUCUUAUGAAAUGAUGUUGGACUUCUACGGCAUGGAAUUAGAUAAAAAAACUGGAAGAAUUACUAGGGCUGAGAACUGGAAGAGUCGAUUCCAACAUCUGAAUAGGUCAUAUCAUAACUAUUUACGGAUAACCAGAAUCCUGAAGUUCCUUGGCGAGUUUGGCUAUGAGAACUACAAGCGUCCUUUUGUAGAGUUUGUUCUGGAAGAAGCAAUGGAACAUGGAACUUUAAUCAACACACUGGAGAGCUGUGUGAGGUACUGGCUAGAAACCAUUAAAUCCGAGAAAGACCGGGAGGAACUUAAAGACUAUGUCCGAAAAAUAGAGUCGGGUUACAAUUCCCCGGAUGUUGAAGCAGAUGACCCAGAAUUGGUUUCGAGUAGAAAAGUGGAUAAAAUGAUUGAAAAAUCAAAUGAAAAUCAAAAAGAGUUUUCUAAAAAGAACGGUUCUGAGGAAGAUUUAGAUGAAGCUUCAAACGCGGAAUGGAAAAGAAAAGAGGAGGAAAUGAAAAAGAAUUCACAGAAAGAAGGAAAGGAAAAGUCAGAUAGCGAAGCUUUAGAGCCCGAGAAAAAGAAUAAGGCUGAUACCGGUGGUACCGGCGAAAAGCUGGCUAGGUCAGACAAAGAGCAAAAGGAUGUGGAUAGACUGUUAAAAGAUGAGGAAGAAAGAAUGAGAGCCUCUAAUGCUAGAAGGGAAACAGCUAUGGAAGAAGAAAUGGAAACAGCAACGGAAAGAGGCAAUGCAGGGACGGGAAUUAAUCCUUCCGAGAUAGAUAGAAAAGAAACGCCUAUGGAAGAAGGGAAAGAUACUACAAUGGAAAGAGACUGUGCAGGGACUCGAAUAAAUCAUUCCGAGGUGGACACAAGUCGUCUGACUGGUGAGGACCAACGUGAUUCUUAGAGGACACUUGAGAAUUCUCCAAGUCCAGUGUGAAAUCAUUGUACGCGCAUUGUUACAACGCACUUUGAAAAAAAAAUAUAUUCAAAUUGCGUUGAUUUGGUCUCAGAAUUAAGGCAGUUUGAAAAAAAAAUUAAAGUGCGUAAUUUUUUCGAAGUGCGUUACCACGGCGCAUAUAUCAUAAGAAAAAAAAGAAUCGAUAUUGUCAUGCAGCAUUUGUACAGUAAUAUCAUGUGUAGGAAAUUCAUUAAGAGAUACUGAUUAUUAAUUGCACAACUUGUGGAUGAGUAGAGAAUGAGAAAAUAAAUUCGAUUCAAAAUAAGUACAA